AUGAACCGCCACCCACACCCGAACCUCCUUCGUCUGAUUUCACACAAAAGCAUCACCAGCAUUCGACCCCGCAAACGCCCUACCCGCAAGCACAGAGACGCUAUCCCAAAACGCCUCCCAGAUCAUCCCAGCGUCAACCAAGGAAGCAGUGAUGCGGGAACAUCAACCACUCGACCACUGUCCCGCCCAUCAGAUUUACAACCAACCCCACCAUCCCCUGAACCAUCUAAAGCUACCACCAGGUCCAAGGACACGACUUCGGGACGUAGCCACAGGGACGGAAGGGAACGCAGGCACCGCAGGCAUAAAUCACGCCCAAAGGAACCCGAAGUCGGUGUGAAUGAGGUUGUCGACGACUCGGAGCUUUUGGGGGCCAUCCUGGACGGCGUUGGCCGAAUGACCGUCGGCACUGUCGCCAUGCGUAUGGACGAUGCUGGAAGGUGGAGGAUCCGUCGCGACUCGGGGGAUGAUAGUACUUAG